AUGGCGGCGUUGGAUUUUGGCGUUCACUUCGAACCCACAGACCACGAAAUCAUCACCUUCCUUCUCAAAAGAGUCACCGGCCUCGCUGGAGACGACAAUUCUAUCAAGACCGACCAUCUUUACGGCCACAGGGAACCCUGGCAGAUUUUCGGAGACGACCAUCAAACAACGAGGCGUUACUUGUACAGCAGUCUCACCAAAAAGACUGCGGGCGGCCACCGGUUUUCCCGGAACUUGGGAAAGGGCACGUGGACCAACAAAGGCCAGGCCACUCCCAUUCUUUCUCUCGACCGACGUGUCAUCAUUGGUUACCGGAGAACUUUCCGUUACCAGACCAAGGCUAUGAGUAAUUCAGACAAGGGUUCGUGGCUGAUGACAGAAUACGUGCUUCCGGAUACCGCCAUCAAGUGCAUCAAAGAAGAGUACAAGAAUUUCGCGCUGUGUGUUCUCAAGAAGAAAACCAAGAAGAUUGUUAAUAAGCCACGUGUUGGGAGUGGAUUGGGUGAUUCUGGCGUGGAUUCCUCUUGUUCAUGCAGCGUUGUGGCUUCUAUUUCUGAUUGUCGGGAUCAAGGCGAUGAUGUGGAUUUUGGAUAUGUGGGCCCGGAACAAGUACAGAUCACAGACGAGGAUUGGAUACAUGAGCUAGAGGAGAGUGUUAUGGAAGAUCAACAUGAUGACGUCAUUAAGGGUGCUGAUGUUGCUGCUGAUUGUCCUGAUCGAGAAGAGGGUGAUUCGAGUCCAGGUGGCGAUGAUGAUGAUGAUUGGAUCCAUGAACUGGAGGAGAGUAUGAUGUAUGAUGAGAAGCCUGUUGACGAAAGUGGGCCCUUAUUGUGUGAUGAUCCAAGUUUCGAGAAAGAGUUGCUCGACUUCUUUGAUUUUGAACUUCCUGCAGACCAUCACUUCCUAUGGGAUAACCUGCCCGACAAUGGCAGCUUUUUCUGGCAGGAUCAUUCUUCGACAGCCCCAUUGAUUGCCGGUAGUUAG